AUGGGACAUCUGAGAAACAAACAACGCCGCCAUCAGGCACGAGAAGCGGCUCAGCAACGUGAAGAACGAUUGCGACGUUUGGAAGAAAUGGAUCUGGCGAAUAUGCCUCUAAGGUUGGAUAUCAAAAGAAGGCUCACGUCGCGGUCGGACCGUGUAAAAUCGGUCGAUUUGCAUCCGACGGAGCCAUGGAUGCUAUGUGCGCUCUACAAUGGCCACGUGCACGUUAUGAACUAUGAAAAUCAACAACUGGUGAAAGAUUUCGAGGUGUGUGAUCUACCGGUGCGAUGCGCUCGAUUUGUAGCUCGAAAGAAUUGGAUCCUCACCGGGUCAGAUGACAUGCAGGUGCGCGUCUUCAACUACAACACGCUAGAGAAAGUGCAUUCUUUCGAAGCGCACACAGAUUAUGUUCGCUGCAUUGCCGUUCAUCCGACGCAGCCCCUGAUCCUCACAUGCAGUGAUGAUAUGCUGGUGAAGCUGUGGAACUGGGAUAAGAUGUGGUCGGUGCAACGAGUAUUCGAGGGACACACGCACUACGUCAUGCAGGUUGUGUUUAAUCCGAAAGACAACAACACUUUCGCAAGUGCCUCCCUGGACCGCACGGUCAAGGUGUGGCAAUUAGGCUCGAACGUUCCGAACUUUACGCUUGAAGGGCACGAGAAGGGUGUAAACUGCGUGGAUUACUACCACGGUGGUGACAAACCGUACCUCAUUUCGGGUGCUGAUGAUCGACUGGUCAAAAUCUGGGACUAUCAGAACAAAACCUGCGUCCAAACGCUGGAGGGACACGCACAGAACGUGUCAGCGGUUUACUUCCAUCCCGAGCUCCCCAUUCUGCUAACGGGCUCGGAGGACGGCACGAUUCGAAUAUGGCACUCGGGAACCUACCGGUUGGAAACCUCCUUGAACUACGGCUUCGAGCGUGUCUGGACCAUUGCUUGUAUGCGGGGCACAAACAAUGUAGCAUUGGGCUAUGACGAAGGAUCCAUCAUUAUCAAGGUGGGCCGAGAAGAACCGGCGAUGUCGAUGGAUGUGAAUGGAGGCAAAAUCGUGUGGGCACGGCAUUCCGAGAUGCAGCAAGUUAAUCUCAAAGCACUCCCAGAAGGUACGGAAAUUAAGGACGGAGAGCGCUUGCCAGUGGCCGUCAAAGAUAUGGGUGCAUGCGAAAUUUAUCCACAGACAAUUGCCCACAACCCGAACGGAAGGUUUGUGGUAGUGUGUGGCGAUGGCGAAUACAUAAUCUACACAUCGAUGGCACUACGCAACAAAGCGUUUGGCUCCGCUCAGGAAUUUGUGUGGGCAUCCGAAAACAGCGAGUACGCCGUGCGUGAAUCAAGCGGCACAGUGAAGCUUUUCCGUAACUUCAAGGAACGUAAAAGCUUCACUCCGGACUACGGUGCAGAAGGUAUUUUUGGUGGACAACUGCUGGGAGUGAAAACUUCAUCCGGUUUGACAUUUUAUGAUUGGGAGAACUUGGAAUUGAUUAGACGAAUUGAAGUACAGCCACGACACGUUUUCUGGAAUGAGGCAGGCACAUUGGUGUGUCUGGCAACUGAGGAUUCGUAUUUCAUACUAAAGGUUGACAUUGGGAUGGUUCAGAAUGCAUUAGCCACCAAGCAACAGCUAAGUGAAGAUGGUAUCGAAGAAGCAUUUGAUGUUCUGGGUGAGGUAAACGAAUUGGUGCGCACCGGGCUGUGGGUUGGCGAUUGUUUCAUCUACACGAAUUCGGUUAACAGGAUCAACUAUUAUGUUGGCGGAGAAAUUGUCACAGUGUCACAUUUGGAUCGAACCAUGUAUCUGCUCGGCUACGUUCCAAAGGACAACAGGCUAUACCUCGGCGAUAAGGAACUAAACGUCACCAGUUUUGCAUUGUUACUGUCAGUAUUGGAAUAUCAAACAGCCGUAAUGCGUCGCGAUUUCGAAACGGCGGACCGUGUGCUACCCACCAUCCCAAAAGAGCAUCGUACACGAGUGGCCCACUUCCUGGAAAUGCAAGGAUUCCGCCAGCAGGCUCUGCAAGUUUCAAUUGAUCCGGAGCAUCGUUUCGAACUCGCGCUGAAAAUUGGGGAUCUUGAUACGGCCCUAAUGCUGGCCCGUGAAUCGGACAGCCCACAAAAAUGGAGCCAACUGGCCGGCAUUGCAACGAGCAAAAACAAGUUUGAUCUCGUAAAAGAAUGCUUAACGAAUGCGAACGACUACGGUGGUCUUUUACUGUUGGCAACCAGUACGGGCGAUUCGGAUAUGCUACGAAAUCUGGGCGAGAAUGGUGUCACACAGGGUAAAUUCAACAUUUCCUUCCUGUCCAUGUUUUUACUUGGAGAUCUAGAGAAAUGUCUUGAUAUCCUUAUCCAAACUAACCGAAUACCGGAGGCUGCAUUUUUUGCUCGGACGUACUUACCAAGUAAAAUUUCAUUCGUGUUGGAAAUUUGGCGUACUGAGCUUGCCAAAAUUAAUGAAAAGGCUGGGCAAAGUCUGGCUGAUCCACAGCAAUAUGAAAAUCUGUUUCCUGGUUUCUAUGAUUCGGUAAAAACUCAGCAAUUUCUAUUACCGGAACGAAGCACCCUUCUACCCGCGGAUGUUGCCACACAGAUAUCGCUAAACAUUGACCGCACACCGAUAGAGGAGAUGAAAGUAGCAGAAAAUGAAGGCAAAUUUGAUUACAAUCCUAGCGCUGCAAGUGAAACCCAGGUAUCGCUACCGAAUGGUGGAAUUGAUAGAAGUGUAUCAACGGUUUCUAAACAUUCAGAACCAGGCAUGGUUAAUAAUUCCGAUAGCUGUUCAACGCAGGUUCCAGCCUCAAUAGUACCUACAAUGGUAAACACAAAUGCAUCUGCCGUCAGCUCUGGUACUAAUUCAUCGGCCCAAGUGAAACGAAAAAGUUCUCUCGAAGAUUUUGAGUCAGAAAUCGAAGCUUUGAACCUGGAUGAUAAUAUCGAUACAUCGGAUGUAAAUAUAGAUGACGUGGAACUGAGUGAUGAUUGAAAGAAUGAAUUGGACAAUUGCCAGUAUCAAUACAAAGGCGAUCGCAUCCACGAGUUUAGCAAAAGUAUUGUUUCUUUUUUUAUUUCCUCGGAAAGAAGAGCGAAUGCGGAACUAGAAUAUGCACCUCUUCCAAGUUGCACCGUUACUGGAUAUAAUUACAGAAUCACCAGAACAAUGCCACAAAAUUCCACCUGUAUCGGAGGCAGAGUAUCAUUAGAUUAUGUAUCCAUAUAAAUACGCCUUGUUCAGCAUUGAUAUUUUACUUUGAUGUUGAGUCGAUCGUAUCUCGAUUAAACAAUCACGGCAUUAAAAUAAAAUGGAAAAAUAAACUGGAUAUAGUGUUACCAGAAAAAGCAUGACAGUAGAACUUGAAACAAAAGUUUUUUUUUAUAAUUUUGUCUGCG